AUGUUCAGCCUGAUCAUGAUUCCUCAGCUCAUCCCCUGCACGGAGGCGCUGGAGUGUGAGGCCGGAAAGAAUGAGAUAGAUGGGAAGUGCUGCCCCCCUUGCCAUGCAGGUUUCAGGCUUAAUAAGUCAUGCAAUAUAUGGCGACCAACCAUGUGUGUGCUUUGCAGUCCUGGGACGUAUACAACACAGCAGAAUGUCAUGAAGGAAUGUCUCCAGUGUAAAGUUUGUGACCCAGAAUUUGGAUUAGUGACGAAAAGGGAAUGUUCAUCUACAUCCAACACUGUGUGUAGCUGUUCUCCAGGCUAUUUCUGUGCUGACAUGAAAGAUGAUAACUGUGAUAUGUGUGUGGCCUCACCGAAUUUGCAGCCCUGGUCAUAUGUAAAAUCUAGAGGCACAGAGAAAAACAACACUAUCUGUGAAAAGUGCCCAGCAGGGACAUUUUCCCACAAUGGGACCCAUCACUACUGUCUGCCAUGGACCAAUUGUACAGCACAGGGUUUAUUUGAAGAAAAGCCAGGCAUGGACACCACAGAUGCAGUGUGCUCACCUCAAAGUAACCCUCAACACAUAAAAUAUAAAUCCACUAUCAUCAUUCCCAUCAUCAUCAUUGCCAUCAUUGCCAUCAUUUAUGUGAAGCCAUAUGUGAUGGUGAAGCUACCAGAUUUUACAGCUCCAGAAUCUGUUGAGAGAUUUAAUUUAAUGACAUUUCUGAGGGAAAUUUGGGACAGUUCAAAGAGCUUCCUUCUUUCACUCCUCCAUCUUGGUUCCACCACUGGAACUGGAACUGGAAUUGGAACUGGAAGAGGUUAAAGCACCACACCAUGGAGAAACCAGUGACCUCACUGAAGCUGAUGGGUCCGUCAACAACAUGCCUGUGCAGGAGACUAGACAAGAAGAAGAAUCAGCUCCACUAAGGGAAAGAAUGUCUGAGAGUCAGGAUAGCUGAGAACCUUAGAUUAUGCUAUGGGAAGUACAAGGAAAUCCCCAGGUUAAGUCAUACUUUCUGUCUGUCAUUGGGACAAAACUCUUCCCCAGCAAGUGUCCAUCUCCUGCUGGGAUCUCCUCCAUGUUUUGCAGUCAAAAGUAUUCCAGAUGGCAAGUGUGAGAAUUGGAAUUGCACCCCCUACUGGAGAGAUACUGUAGGGAAGUUCCCCCAUGAGGAAGGAGGCAUGUGAUUUACAAGCCAUGUGGCUUUAGCGUCAGGAAGUGAUGUUUGCUUGUGGGUACUCAAUCAAAGCUACCAGCCAAUUAGCUUGGAGCUAUGUGUGUGUGGAUAGCCUUGUUUUCUGUUGGAGAAGAGGCUUCUGGGAUGAGGGAGGAAGUGUUAGGGUCUUUGGGGUUCCUGACCUCAGGUUGGAGAGGUCAGAUGA